AGUCCAAAAUGGUCUCAUGAAUUCUACAUGGAGUAACCUAAAAAAAAUGAUUUAGCUCCAUCUAGUGUUAGUAACUGAGAACUGCUAACUAGAAGACAACCUCCUCACAUUUUGUGCAUCUGAGAUGGACGCAAAAACUUUUAUAACGUGAUCCAACAGUCAAAUGUUGUGCAUCUGUCUGUCUCUCUAAUCUGGAGUUAAGAGAUUCAUAUCUCUGUCUUUUUCUUGUCAGAUGUGAGGCCAACUGUAGUUAUCAUCAUCAAUCAUGUUAUACCUGAUACUAUCAGUAGCAUUAGUAUUGGACUCUGAUGAGGCCUAUUAGAUGCCAGGUGUCCAAGUAGUUAUAUACAUGCAUGUGCCAUAUGUAGUUAAUGUGCCACGUAUGAAAGAGGAACAUGAUUUUAGUUUUAUUGUCUUAUUGUUUUUUAUUUUGCACUCUCCCCCCCACCCUCUCUCAGGGGAGCGUGUGAUGACUGGUACUUGCUCUUCUGCUGGUGUAGGAGGGCAAUCGUUUGCUCCUGCCCCAGGGUAUGUUUUUGGUCCUGGAGGUCGCCGAUCCGACCUGCCCCGCCCUGCUCAGCAAGUGGUGUAUGUUUUCACCACCAGCCUGGCCAAUAGUGCUGCUGAGGCAGUCAUUCAUGGCCACACAGACUCCAUACUCAAGUUUCAUCAGCAGAAUGUCCCUCGUACCAAGUUGGAUCAGGGUAUGUCAGCAGUCAGGAAGCUCCCCAGUUUACCAGAACAACUGGGCUCCAGAAGCACACCACCCAUGGAAACACCCAAAUCUCAAAACGACACUCCAAGGCCAGCUUCUGUGGGAGGGCCGAUCGGUGCACAGGUCACAGGCACCUCCUCUUCCAGUGGGCAUCCCCAAGAGGCUGACCUGCCUGUCCACCAGCCUCUGAGUGGCCCCUCCAGCAACAGUUCCCACCAGCCUUUGCAAGGCAAUGCUGGCCCACUAGCUGGGGGUGUAACAGGGCCCGGGGGAUCAGAGGGGGCGGGCAGCAUGGCCCACCCUAGUGCUGGUGUCUCUCCCACCUCCAGUCCCUCAGUGCUGCCAGCACAUCUCCAGGGUGAAGGGCCACAGCGUGGCCCGUGUGACAUAGACGGACUGUCUAAGGAGCAGAUGGAGCACCGGGAGCGCUCUCUGCAAACACUCAGAGAUAUUGAGCGCCUACUGCUCCGCAGUGGUGUCAAUGGAGGCUCAGCGGACAUGGAAGGGCCAAAUGGUAACCCUGGUGCCGUCCACGGCAACAACGUAAACAACAGUAACAACACUGACAACAGUGGCAGAACUCAAGAGGGAAGUGAGACCACUAACAAUGCUGGGAACUAUAACAAUAAUGUCCUUCCGAUUGGAAUGUCUCAUGGGGGUACUUUAAAAAAAUAUGAGGAGCCCCUGCAGUCAAUUAUGUCACAAACGCAGAAUCUUGGGGGAUCCAGGCUUGAUGAUCCAACUAUAGAGUCCCACCUUGGCUUGCCAACCCAGCCGCACCACAACCUUUCCUCACCACCAGAACUAGACUUGGGGCCAAUGCAGGACCAUGAUGGGCUGACGCCUGAGCAGGUGGCAUGGAGGAAGCUUCAGGAGGAGUACUAUCAGGAGAAGCGUCGACAACAGGAAAUGCACCCACACGGACAUCCCCAGCACUAUCGCAUGAUGGCAGAGAUGGGCAUGCCCAGGGGUCCACAUCUCAUGAUGAGGGGCCCUCCCCCACCAUACCAUAGCAAACAAGAGGAGCAGUGGGGCCCUGCACCUUCGAUGGGUGGAGGUAUGGGAAGCAACCCUCGUUUAGUGGAUAUGCACCAGGAUGGGCCACAAGGCCCCAGAUUUGUGGGGCAGAUGCAGAGAGGUACACCGGGGCCAGGGUUUCCCGGGAGUCCUGGGAGAGUGUUGGCCAUAGAGGGUCUUGGACUUCAAAGGCCUGGAAUGGGCUGGGUGGAGGACUUGCCAAUCAAUAUGGGUGGUGGGGGCCCACUGUUGCAUGGAUGCUGCCCACCUGGUGGACCCAACGGUCCAUUUCAAUCCCUACAUGGUGACCCAGAGCGACACCUAAUGCGUGAAGAGGUACUCCGCAUCAUAGAUAAGAGGCAGCUGCAGAGGCUAGAGCAAGAACGACUUAUCUUACAGCAGCAGCAGCAGGAAGGAAUAGGACAGUCAAGGUUAAUAGAAAACACAGGAAGGCCAGGUCUCCCGAACCCUGACGUGGGCCCACAUGGUGACCCCAUGGAUUUCCCACACUCACGAGCCAUAAUGCACUCUCCCUUAGGCAGGGUAAGAGAAGGAGAUGGGCCCUCCCUCAGAGAUCUUGGAGACGCUCAUUUAAGCACUAAUAUGACCAUGAAUGUUAACUUGAACUCACAGGAACAGCACAUGCUGAUGCAGAAACUGCGAGGAAUGAAUCGUGUAGGAGGCCCUGCGGGGGACAUUCUAAGCCCAGAAGAAAUGUCCCGCCUUAGAGCUGGGCAGAAUGGCCGCGGUGGUAUCAGUAAAGCUGUGAUUACUGGACCAGAGGGGCCAGGGCAAUUUCCUAACCAAAGAUUGUUUCGUGAGGGACAAUCAGAGAGGUCUUACCGCCAGCAAUCUGAUCAGGCCCAUUUUGGGCCGGACCAGCAGGGACCCGCUCAGAUGGGCGGCGCGUCACACCUAAGCCACAUGUCCACAGACACAGGCCCCAGAGGCCCUGACUCUUGCCCUCGUCAUCCAUCCGACUUGUCAGUCAAUGUUAAUUCCAUGGGCUCCCCGGUCAUGGCCCCACCUCACCCGCUCAAGUCACCUUCACUUGGUCGGGAGCCCUCACCCCUGAUGCCCUCUCCCUCUGCUUCGGUAUUGAAGUCUCCCACUCCAGUCCCCACCAGUAGUCCCUCUCACCCACUUCUCACCGCUGCAUCUAGGGAGGGUACCCCAUCCUCAACCUCCAUGAAGUCCCCUCAGAUGAUGGGCACCACAUCCCUUGGCAUGCAUUCUCCCUCUGCUUCACCGGGACACCUAAACUCUCCUGCCAUGAAUGUGGCCUCCCCUAACUGGACCGCAUCCCCAAAGACCAAUAUGGCCAGUCCUGGACGACCCCCGAAUGGGAAGGGCAUGGGCAAUGGAGCAAGCAACUCUGCUGAAACAGGUCCAACACUCCCUCCUAAGAGUUCAAACUCAACAGGACCAGGCCAGCCCAGCAUGCCCUUCACCUCCUCGCCAGAUGCCCCACCGUCCCAGAAUCCCCUGUCGCUGAUCAUGUCUCAGAUGUCCAAGUAUGCCAUGUCUAGCUCCGCGCCUCUGUACCAUGAAGCAAUAAAGACUAUCUCCACCUCCGAUGACGAGAUGACACCAGACAGGCCCCUUCUGCCAGGGGUUAGCAUGGAAGGAAUCCACCAUCAGUCCCCUCAGAUGCUCCUCUCUUCCCAGAGUGCCAUGGGGCCCCCUGGCAGCCCACAAAGUCCCAUUGGAAUGUUGCUGCAAGGACAGCAGCAGCUUUCCCAUGGUCCUCCAGGGUCCAUGUUGUCCUCCCCUAAUCUCAUGAGCAUGUCAGGUAUGAACUCUGGUGUUUUGGGUGGUGGAGGCGGCCCCUCUGGAGGGAUUGGACCAUGCAAUGUUUCCUCAUUGCAUCCCCAGAACCAGAUGGUGGGUUUUCCUCGCAUGCAGGCCUCAUCUCAUGGACCUCCUCACUCCCCAGCACUGUCCCAACAUUACAGCCAGCACCCUGACGAUAUACUCCCACCCCAACAAUUUCACCCCCUGGGAAAAGGAUUAGCUCACCAGCAGCCUACCCAUCCUUCAGACUCCUUCCAAUCAAUGCGUAUGAACGAUGGCCCAGAUCUGAGCGAUGUCAUCCGCACUUCGCACACUGGUAUUCCGGAAUUUGACCUAUCUCGUAUCAUGCCCUCCGACAAACCAAGCAGCACCUUACAGUACUUCCCAAAGAGCGAGGGGAUGUCCCAGCAUCAUCAGAACCCACACCAUAUCCAGGUCAUGCAGCAGCCCCCUCCCACCCAGCUUUUGAAGCAGCUCUCCGCUGGUCCUCACCACAACACACCUUCCUCCAAUCCCCACAUCGCUAACCUUCAAAACAUGAUGGCAGAACAACAGCUCUCAAUCCACCCCUCACAAUAUGGUAUUCGGCCAGGAAUGCCACAGGGAGGAGGCAGGGGCAUGGUUGUAGGUCCUAUGGGACCUAUGAGCCACCCUGGACACAUGAUGGUCAGGACAGGCCUGGGGCCCCAGCAGCAGCAACAAUAUCACCAACAGCAACAGCAGGCCAUGAUGUCUAACAGUCUUCAACAUCAACAUCAUCCAUCCCACCCGCAUCCCAGUAUGAUGUCCCCUCAGCAGCAGCAGCAGCAGCAGCAGCAGCACGCACACAACCUAAUGGCCCAGCAGAGCCUAAUGAUGAUGCAGGCAAAGCAAAGGGGAAUGCCUAUUCCAGGGGAACAGCUUAGCCAGCAGGGCCCAAUGAUGUCCCCACAGGGUCUUAUGAUGGGCCCCUCGCACCCAGGAAUGAUGGGACCUCAGUCUCUCAGACAGAGGGGAAUGUCACUGAACAGUCCCUUGGGCUAUCCACCUGGAAGUAUACACAACAUGCCCUUCUGAAUGUUUUGUUUCUGAAAUUGUAAAAUCAUUUAUAUGUUACUAACUGUUCUAACUGUUUUAUUCAAGAUUCAACAAUAAUGGUUGUUAAUAAUUAUUGGUGAUAGUAUUGUUACUUUCAUUCAUUAGGCCUACUUUAAGGAUUCAGAUUUGCCAUUUUCUAUAUAUUUGUAAUAUAUGUAUAUAUCAGAGAGACGUGUUUUGGGUUCAGAAUCAUUUUUAUGUUUAAUUGCUUGCCUUUUAUUUCAUACCAAACUGUUGUCCAAUGGAAUAUACAUGUAAAUCUAUAGAUGUGAAUCUUCAUACAUACAUGGAUAUAUAUGAAAUGCUAUUGGUGCUUGUUUGCAAAUGGUCUCUAUAACUGCUUAAGUCUAAAAAGGAAUAAUAAGGUGAAACAUGUCUAAAUACUUGUUGUGAUGUGCUUGUCUGUGUUGAUAAAUGGUGAAUUGAGAACUGAAAACAAACUGAACAAGACAUCGUAAGAUUUACAUACAUUUAUCAAACGGGCCACAUUUUAAGGUGGGUUUCAGUCAGAGACAAUUUUAGCUGUUUAAAAGGUGCUGUCCAUUAUUAUAAUCCAUUACACUUUUUGUCAAAUUCAGCCAAAUUCUCCCCAUGUUUCUCAAGCUGUCCGUCCGUUGUGUGCUUCCCUUACAGUCCUAGCUUUGUAAAUAGCAAACAAAUGGACCGAGCCCAUACACUAUUCCACCCAAUCAACAACGUUGCUUCCCAAACAUGGAACAGAGUGGUGUAUUUGAUUAGGCCUUGAGCUCAAAUGUUAACAACCUGUCACCAGGAUUGAGGACUGUGCCUGAAGUACACUUUUUAUUGAGAUGAAAGAAAUCAAAGUAAACAUAGAAAACCACCAAACUAAACCACCAGACUAUGAAACACUAGAUACUUAGUGUAGAGUGUGAGUCUGACAGAAGAGUUCUUGAAAGAGACAGAAUUCUGACACAAUUGGUUGUCUUGGUGAGGUUGAGGUGGUGUGGUGCCAUCGUUUUUCUAGGCACUGUUGACCAUUGAUGGCUAGUGUUCCAGAUACUCUCUUAAGAUCUUAUAUAAGAACAGGCAUGGUCGGACUUGGCUUCACAAGCUUCAAGCAGAGGCAGACUGAGACGGGGAACCCAUAGCACUAGUUCUCCAGGCUUGGUUAAUGUGCGCAAUGGCAGGGUGAUUGUCAAAGUUAAUGCAGGUAGUAGUUGACAUAACACAGAAGACCCAAAAGCUUGUCAAGAAAUAUCCCAAACAUUCAGCUCACGACCUCCACCACAAGAUUAGGGAAGGUGAGUAAAACAGGAGGUCAAUCACCUGCAGGUGCUGGAUGUAGUGAUCUGCAAACAGACUUUGCACUGUAAAAGAACCAUAAUCAUGAGACUUUCUGCCCAAAAACCCAGUCUACUGGGAUGCCCCAAUAAUAAUGCAUUAGUCAAAGGUUUAUAUGACCAAGACAGUAAAAUAGGAUUUGGUGUUUGGUUCUCAUCCCAAUGAUAUGAUUGCAAAAACGUACUGAACUGAGCAAAACUUUCACUCAGUUAAAAUUGAUGCAGUCGGUCUUCUAGAUGUUUGUUACAGUGUUAAAUUGUGGACCAUUCCUUAACCUCACCUAGUGUCUCCAACAAUCUCCACUAAAUGUUCAAUCAAAAUCAAUAACCACGCUAAAUAGUAUUGUCUGAAUCAAGAGAAACACAGGAGAAAUGUAAUCAAAACCAGUUUCCCUGACUGAUCAGGCCACAAGGUUAUAUUCUGUUUUUUUUAACAAGUAGAACACAUUGGUAAGAGAUGACACAAUAUUUGCUACCUUAUUAAUGAAUUAAAAGCUAAAUUGUACAGUA